UGGGAAGGGUGGCUCGUUGGGAUCAGGACAGCACAAUCCCGCGCCGUCCUGACCUGCUCACGGAGGCAGAGGUCUAGAAGGUCUCUGUUACCGCGACUGGCGUUGCUGGAGAGUUGGAAUGGGACUUGCCCGGGCUUUCAUGCCGACGGGAGCCCAGCCCUUGGUGGUAGACGGCUAUCGGUUCCAACGGAAGCCCUCCGAGUAAGCGUCUUUUGGGGCGCGGAGUAGUCGUGGCUGGUCCAUUUUGAAGCAAGAGCUUGAGAGCUCUGAAGUCCACUCUUGGCCUCAGCUGUACUAACCCUCUCACCUGCUGAUGGAAACCUACUUAGGAGAGGACGGCCUUGACAAAAAGCCGAGAUUUUCUUCUAGGUUUCAGACUGGGCUUUGAAGAGGAGCUACCACCAUUAGUGUUGUGUGCUGUGUCUUUGCAUCUGCAGGAAACUGAAAAGAGAUCAGGGCGAACUUCAACACCACGACAUGAAGACAGUGACCUAUGAUGAUGUUCAUGUUAACUUCACUCUGGAAGAGUGGGCUUUGCUGAAUCCUUCCCAGAAGAAUCUGUACAAAGAUGUGAUGCUGGAGACCUACGGGAACCUAACUGCUGUAGGCUACAGUUGGGAAGACAAAUAUACUGAAAAAUAUUGUCAAAGUUCUAGAAGACAUGGAAGGCAUGAAAGAAAUCAUACUGAAGAGAAACUGUUUGAAAAUACUCAAUGUGUUAACACUUUUCCAUAUCACAGUCGUCUUCAGAUACAUAAAAGAACACAUGCUGGAGAGAAACCCUAUGAACGUAAUCAGUGUGGUAAAGCCUUUUCACAACACAAUAAUCUCCAACAUCAUAAAAGAAUACAUCCUGGAGAGAAACCUUAUGAAUGUAAGCAGUGUGGUAAAGCCUUUGCAUAUUAUAGUCAUCACCAAAGUCAAAAAAGAACACAUGAAUGUAACCAGUGUGGAAAAGCCUUUACACGUCAUAAUCAUCUACUAAUACAUAAAAGAACGCAUACUGGUGAGAAACCCUAUAAAUGUAAUCAGUGUGGUAAAGCCUUUUCACAAAACAGUAAUCUCCAACAUCAUAAAAGAAUACAUUCUGGAGAGAAACCUUAUGAAUGUAAGCAGUGUGGAAAAGCCUUUACACAUCAUAGUCAUCUUGUAAUACAUAAAAGGAAGCAUACUGGAGAGAAACCGUAUGAAUGUAAGCAGUGUGGUAAAGCCUUUUCACAACACAGUAAUCUCCAAUAUCAUAAAAGAAUACAUUCUGGAGAGAAACCGUAUGAAUGUAAGCAGUGUGGAAAAGCCUUUACACGUCAUAGUCAUCUUGUAAUACAUAAAAGAAAACAUACUGGGGAGAAACCGUAUGAAUGUAAGCAGUGUGGUAAAACUUUUGUAUGUCAGAGUAGUCUCAAAAUACAUAAAAGAAUACAUACUGGAGAGAAACCCUAUGAAUGCAACCAAUGUGGUAAAGCCUUUGCGUAUCACAGUAAUAUCAAAAUACAUGAAAGAAUUCAUGUUAGAGAGAAACCUUAUGAAUGUAACCAAUGUGGUAAAACCUUUUUACGUCAUGCUUAUCUUCAGCAACAUAAAAGAACACAUACUGGAGAGAAACCUUGAAAUUUAAUCGAUGUGAUAAAGCCUUUGCAUAUUACAGUCAUCACCAAAGACAUAAAAGAAGACAUACUGAAGAGAAGCCCUAUGAAUACAAUAAAUGUGGUAAAGCCAUUACACAACACAGAUAUGUUCAAUGCAUGAAAUAACUCACACUGGAGGGGAAUCUAAUGAAUGUAAUCGGUGUGACAAAGCAUUUGUAAGUUAAAGUAGUCUAAAACUUAAAAGAACUCAUAUUCAUACUAAAGAGGAACCUUGUGAAUGUAAUCAAUGUGGUAAAACCUUAGCAUGUAUCAGUAGUCUUCAAAAUACUGAGAAAAAAAACAUACUGCAGAGAAACCCUAUUAAUGUGGUCAGUGUGGCAGAGUUAUACAGUUCAUGGUAGUCUUUACACAAGAGUAAACAUUUACUAUGUACCUGGGCUUUUAAUGCCUGUACAUAUCACAUAAAUCUUUGAUGAUCUGAAAAAAUGCAUACUAUAGGAAAAAAUACUAUAAAGGAUUUGGUAAGAUCUUUAGUUAAUAUACCUACAUUCCAUUACACAAGAUUAUUUUUUUCUGGAAAAACAAAACCUGGCAAGUAUCAGCAAUUUGUUAAAGAAUUAUGAUGUCUUUGUACAUGCACACUCACAUAGACAAAAGCCUAUGAGUUCAAAUUAUAAAGUAACCCUUUUAGAUUUCAUACUUCUUUUUAAUCAUAGGAAAUAGGAAAUCCAUGAGUAAAACAUUACGGGUAUUACUAGUGCAUUUUCUGUUGCCGUGAUAAAGCAAUGUCUCAGUCAACUUACAAAAGAGUUUAAUUUGUCCCUUGGUUCCAGACAGAUACAGGAUCAUCAAGAAAGUGACUUGGUAACAAUUGUCAAACCUGGCAGUUGGCAAGACACUGCACUCUUCCAUCCUCAGCCUGAGCCAUCAAACAGAGUAGAAACUGGAAAUGGUACAUGACUGGAACCUCAGGCCCACGCCGAGGGCCAUAUUUCUUCAGCAGGGCAGCAUUUCCUAAAACUUCCCGAAUGGGAACACCAGCUGAGGAUUGAUUUCAGCUGAUUCAAGCCUACAUGCCAGCUUUCUUUUUCAUGAACUACUUCAAUGAAGAAGAACUCUGCAAGCCUUUAAAUGUCUCAAUACCCAUUACAGGAAUGAAUGCUUAUAAUAGAAAACCGUUCAAGAGAGAACGUUUGUGUAAAGACUUGUUUAAAUUUAGGUAAUGCAAUAUCAGUGUGUCUUUGUUUGGAUAUGUACAUUCUGAUUACUAAGGUUAGACCCUCAAAACAUCUUGCAGCAUGAAUUACAGGAAGUUGCCAAAAUUCUGUCUUUGUUCCUGAGAAUGCUAAGAAUAAGCGCAGCCAUGUCUCUAGCCCUUUAAAUAUUUUAAAGCCUUGAUAUCAGGAACUAGGGAAGAACUCAUACAAGAGAAAAAUCCUAUUUAUGUAAAUGAUUUUGUAAAGAACUUAGAUGUCACAGUUUCUUCAGGUUAAGGAAAUAAAGCUUAUUUCAUCUAUUUUCAUUAAAGCCUUGAAACAAACUACAUAGCAUGUUGACUCAAGAUUGAUGUGGAGAUCACGGCAUUGUGCUUUCUAGUUUUCAACAUUUGAGGUGGAUAUCAAAGUGUGCUGUGUGUGGCACAUCUAUUUAGGCAAAUUUAAUUUGUGUUCCUUAUAUUCCUUCUGUGGCCUUUGUUCUUUGUCCUUUCACUUAGAGACAUAUUUUUUUAUUGCAAUGUGUAGAAUGGGAUGCCCAUUCUUUUCAAAUAAGGGUGUCUGGGAAAGGGUGGUGGGUUGCCAUUCUAUUUUUUUUUUCAAAUUUUGACAAAUCCCCCUUAAGAUGUUUGUUAUCCAGCUGAGAUUGGAUGCCAGUAACCUGUCUGCAACACAGUUGUACUCAUGAGCCUUAUUUGUUAGGCCCUCAGUAGAAGUCCCAGGGUAGAUAAUAUAUCCUCAGUGUUUGCUCUAUUGUCAACAUGUUUUAGAAAUGUUAACAUUAAAAUUCUUAAGAGGGGAGAAUGUAUGGAACACUAAAUACCUCAUAUAUGUAUCCAAAGCAGCAUUUUCAUUUCACUGAUAGAGACAUCAAAAGGUUAGUCAUCUAUCAACUAUAUACAUUUUACAGUAUAGCUUAGCAUUCUAUAGGUUAUAUAUGUUACUUAUAGGUAGUAUAUGUUCCAUGCAUCUUUGUGUCCCUAAUGGGACAUUUGACACUUUAUCUUGAAGUAUUGCCUUCUCAGGGAAUAAUCCAGAGAUACCUAUUUGGCACUGACAAUAAUAAUUAUUCAUUUUAAUUUCUGUCUGGUGUGUGUGAUGUGAUUGUGGGUUUUUAGGACAUGGCAUAUAAGUGAAGACCAGAAGACAACUUUGUGGAGUAUACUUUAUUUCAUAUGCAUAUGGUGAUCAAGAUAAGAUUACCAACCUUGCACACCAUAGACGUUUCCUCCUGAUUUGUCUCACUAAUUCUCAAAUAAGGUAAAAUAUUGUCUUCUUUUCAGACUGUUAACAUUUUCAUUAAAGCAUAGAGUAAAACAGGAAAAUUGAUUAAUAAUUGUAACACCCGGUUUUGGUGUUACACCCUCGGUACAGUUUGCGCGCAGCUGUACCGAAUGCGAGUCCCGGCAAGGGCCUGGAGAUUGAACACAAGACACAGAGACCAGGGUCAUUCGAUAGGAGAUCAAGCGAAUGCCGUUUAUUCAGACUUGGGGAAGCCCUUUUCUACCUAACUGCAGCACAAAGAUCUCUCCGCCCAGGAAGGUGGGAAAUUACCAUAUUAACAAUGGAGAAGAUUGCCUGCAGCUAAAUCACCAGGUGGGGCAGGGAUAGCACGGAAACACACAGGAAGCUUAGUUAACUGAUAACAAACUGUCCCCGCCAAUGCACCCCAGGAAUAAGGGAGACCAGGCGCCC